AGUCACCUGCCCUACGCCUACCACCGCUUCAAGUUUCCUCUGUUCUCUCUCUUCUGCUGUUUCGUUUUACCACCAAAAAGUUUUUACUCAAAGGCUUCAAAAUCUCCAUCUUCCUCGAAGCUGAGCUGAACUCUAUCGAAAACGACGCCGUCUCUGGCCUCAGGUACCUCCUCUGCGAGUUCCAUUCACCGCCGUUCGCCUUCCUUCUUUGUUGCGCUUUCGAAUUAGGGUUUAUCCUGCCAAACCCUAGGCUUAAUCCUGUUUGCACGAUACUAAAGCAAAAAUUUGAUCGUCAAGUAUGGGGGAUAGUGAGACAGUUGUUGCUCAAACAUCUGCAGUGAUGGGAUAUACAUCAGCAGGAUAUACCACGACGGGCUACACUGAUGCCAACUCAAAUAUUGCUCCUGAUACUAGUGCCUUGCAUUCUAAGGAUACCACAGAGUUUUCUACUUCUGCUGCUCCUGCAGAUGCAUAUUCUGCGGAUCCCAAUUCUCACAUUCAACAAUCAGAUAGUUACACGACAUACGAGACUAAACCAUCUGUUGGAGUGACAGAUGCUAGUGGGAAUGUUGCUGGUAAUGAAAAUGAAGCCAUGGAGUCAUCUCAUGCUGCUAGUUAUGAUUCUUCUGUGAAUGGUGUUGCUGCUUCUGGAACAGGAACUGUUUCAUCUGUUGAUAAUGGAGAUGCUUCAGAUAAUGUGGCUGGAUCUGUUGAUGUACAACAAUUUGGAGAUGGUUCUGCUAUGUCUGCCGAAGAAGAUAGACUCUGGAACAUUGUGAGAGCUGAUUCCUUGGAUUUUAAUGCCUGGACUGCUUUAAUUGAAGAGACAGAGAAAGUUGCAGAGGAUAACAUACUGAAAAUUCAAAAAGUUUAUGAUGCGUUUUUAGCAGAGUUUCCUUUGUGUUAUGGUUAUUGGAAAAAGUAUGCGGAUCAUGAGGCACGUCUAGGUUCUAUGGAUAAAGUUGUGGAGGUUUUCGAACGAGCAGUUCAAGGUGUUACCUAUUCAGUUGACAUCUGGUUGCAUUACUGCAUAUUUGCCAUAAGCACAUAUGGAGAUCCAGACACUGUUAGAAGAUCUCGUCCAGUUAAUGGCUUAGAUGGCCUCUAUCACUGCUCCAUUUGACGGACAUAGUAUGGUUUAUUUCAGGAAGGCUUUUUGAGCGAGGAUUAGCUUAUGUUGGAACGGAUUACUUGUCUUUUCCUCUCUGGGAUAAGUACAUAGAAUAUGAGUACAUGCAGCAGGAGUGGGGCCGCCUUGCCAUGAUCUAUUCACGAAUAUUAGAGAAUCCAAAUCAACAACUGGAUCGGUAUUUCAACAGCUUUAAGGAGUUAGCGGGAAGUCGGCCACUCUCAGAAUUGAGGACUGCUGAAGAAGCUGCAGCUGCAGCAGGUGCACAUUCGGAGGGUGGUGACCAAGUAAAUGGUGAAGAGGUUGGAUCUGAUGUUGCAGAACAGUCUCCUAAACCUGUAAGUGCUGGCUUAACAGAGGCAGAGGAGUUGGAGAAGUAUAUCACCAUUAGAGAAGAGAUGUAUAAGAAAGCUAAAGAGUUCGAUUCUAAGAUCAUUAGUUUUGAAACAGCUAUUAGGAGGCCGUACUUUCAUGUGCGGCCCCUCAAUGUUGCAGAGCUUGAAAAUUGGAACAACUACCUAGACUUUAUAGAAAGGGAAGGCGACUUUAACAAGGUGGUCAAGUUAUAUGAAAGAUGCCUAAUUGCUUGCGCAAAUUAUCCUGAAUACUGGAUUCGAUAUGUUCUUUGUAUGGAAGCCGUUGGAAGUUUGGAUAUUGCCAAUAAUGCUCUUGCUCGUGCAACCCAGGUCUUUGUGAAGAGAAAACCAGAGAUUCACCUUUUUGCUGGUCGGUUCAAAGAGCAGAGUGGGGAUAUACCUGGUGCUCAGGCUGCCUAUCAACUUGUACAUUCUGAAAUUUCACCUGGGCUUCUUGAAGCAAUCGCAAAGCAUGCAAACAUGGAACACCGCUUGGGAAAUGUGGAGGCUGCCUACUCUUUAUAUGAACAGGCCAUUGCCAUUGAAAAAGGAAAAGAGCAUUCACAGACAUUACCCAUGUUGUUUGCUCAGUACUCUCGGUUCACAUACCUGGUAUCUUUGAAUGCUGAAAAAGCUAGAGAAAUUGUAGUUGAAGCGCUUGAGCAUGUACAGUUGUCAAAACCACUACUUGAGGCUCUGAUACAUUUUGAAUCAAUUCAGCCACUGCCAAAGAAAAUUGAUUACUUAGAUUCGUUGGUUGUGAAGUUCAUAGAGCCCAGCUCAGAAAACCCCAAUUUCGCGAGUGUUACCGACAGAGAAGAGCUAUCUAGUAUCUAUUUGGAGUUUAUUAAUCUCUUUGGAGAUGCGCAGUCUAUAAAGAAGGCCGAGGAUCGCCAUGCCAAGCUCUUCUUACCUCAUAGGAGCAGCAUGUCAGAGAAAAAACGUCAAGCUGAGGACUUUUUAUCUUCCGACAAAGUAAAGAUGGCAAAGUCUUACUCUGGCGUUCCUUCGCCUGCCCAGUCUAUCAUGGGAGCAUAUCCAAGUGCACAAAGCCAGUGGCCAGCUGGUUAUGGUGUACAGCCGCAAGCUUGGCCACCAGCUACGCAAGCUACACAGGGACAACAGUGGACCCCUGGUUAUACCCAACAGCCAUACAAUGCAUAUGGUGGUUAUGGAAGUGGCUAUGCCAAUCCACAAAUGCCUGCAACGACGCCACAGACUGCUGCUUAUGGUGCUUAUCCCUCUACAUAUCCUGCUCAGCAGGCCUUCCCUCCACAAAGUUACGCACAGCCAACCGUGGCAGCAGCAGCGGCAGCUACAGCACCGGCUCCGCAACCUGCUUCAGUGCCUCAGGCGUAUUAUGGGACUUACUACUGAGGUGGCAGGACUAGCCUGCGAUAUUUUGCCCAUGUAAUCUAAUUUUCUCCUUUUCUCACAGAACCCGAUUGAUACUUAAGGUUGUUUUGGGGAACAUUGGUUUGUAGCUAACAAAGAUUUUUGAAGAGACGGGAGUUAGUGAUCAGUUCUAGUCGUGUAUGGCAAAUGUAUUUUAGAUAAUUAUUUUCUAACAUUUUUUCGCGUAGAAA